UAAAUUAUUUUAGAAAUGUCCGCGGACAGAGACGAUACGCUGCGGCAGUUUUGUGACGUCACGGGUGCUGACGAGGCUCGGAGCAGGUUCUUUUUAGAAUCUUCCAAUUGGCAACUUGAAGUAGCCUUAUCAAGUUUUUAUGAGCAUGGAGGCAACACAGACGAGGCUCCAGCGCACCCUCAAGCGCAACCCGUAGUUCUCCCCGCACUUUCAGACAGCGAUAUGGAGUCCCCGCCGGGAUCCCCUGUUCGACCAAAGAAGGAGAAAAAGAAGACCAGCUCCAAGUUCGCCACAUUGGAUUCGCUGCAGCAGGAAAGCUCCAGUGAUGAAGAGGAAGGCCAAGCAUUCUACGCGGGCGGAUCGGAGCGUUCGGGCCAGCAGAUAUUAGGGCCAAGCAAGCCUCGGAAAGAUAUAGUCACCGAGAUGUUUAAGAGUGUUAGAGAGCGUGGGGCCGUAGUGUUCGAAGAUGAACCAAGCACGACGAGUCGGGGACAAGGGCAAGUCUUCUCAGGCGUCGGAUACAGACUAGGCCAAACAACCGAUGAUCACGAACAAGUUGGACCACCAAACACGCAGCAGACACAAAUGUCCGGUGACGCGCGGUCGGUGAGACUGCGGCUGUACCGCGAAGGCUUCACAGUGGACAGCGGCCCGCUGCGGCAUUACAGUGAUCCCGAAAACGCAGAGUUCCUCAGCUGCAUACGCCGAGGUGAGAUUCCAUCAGAGCUGUCUGGAGGCGGUGAGGUGCGCGUGUCGCUGGAAGACCGGAGACACGAAGAGUGCCCUCGAAACGCCAGCAGGGCUAUGCCUUUCUCGGGGAAAGGUCAUCUGCUUGGCAGCCCCACGCCGCCAACGGUGGGUGCGACGGCGGCCGUAGCAACGGACGUGCAGGACCGUGCUGCAAACCAGCGUGCUGCGCAGCAGGCUGUGGGCCUCGACGAGAGCCAGCCCACUACCACCAUACAGUUCCGACUGGCAGACGGUUCCCGCAUAACCGGCCGGUUCAACCACUCGCACACCGUUGAAGAUCUGUCCGCGUACGUGCAGCGCGCCGAGCCCGUCUAUCAAUUGCAGCCAUUCACGCUCCUCACGUCGUUCCCCAGCGCGGAGCUGUCCGACCCCAAGGCCACUGUAGCGCAGGCGAACCUGCUCAAUUCCACGCUGUUGCAACGGCUCAAGUAGACUGAUUACUGAUUGUGAUUUGCUCGUUUUGGAACCAUCCGGGGACUUUAGGUUAAUGGCCAUUGUUGUGGAUGACGCCGCGCAUUUGUCAGCUCACUCUGCUCCACUUAAACUGAUCACAAAAUCUUGCCUUUAUUUCCAAUAAGUUGUCCAAUUCAUCCAUGUUGUCCAAUUUGCAUUAUAUUUGUAUGUUGUUCAAUUCAUCUAUGAUGUCGCGUUCAUCUACACUCCAAUCUAUCUAAGUCAGCCUUACUAAAAGUUUUAUUGACAAAAACACUACACGUGGCAGAACACAAAACGUGGCAGAUCCAUUGUGAGAUUCAACGUAGUGUUUUAUACUUUUGGAAUGGUGAAAUAGAAAAUUAAAAAUCACUUUAAAA